GGAAGUAGAGUCGUGCGUCCUAGCAGUAGAGUUGGUGUCCGAGUGCACUACAUUACUAUACCAUCACCAGCAUACAACUGUUCCUAUGAUAAUGGAGGAUGUGACCAUAUCUGCAAUGAUAGUUCUGGUAUCAUAGAGUGUCAGUGCCAACAUGGGUAUGAUCUCAUUCGGGGAUCUAGCUGUAUAGAUCGAAAUGAGUGUGAGAGUGGCUCUCACAGCUGUGAUCAGGUCUGCACCAACACUGAAGGGUCUUACACCUGUUCUUGUCACAGAGGACUUGAGUUAGGUUCAGAUGGAGAAACAUGCAUUGAUAUCAACGAAUGCAGUGUGGAAAAUGGAGGAUGUGACCACGAGUGCAUAAAUCGAGAUGGCUCUUUUGAAUGUCGAUGCAGAAGUGGUUACCAACUCACAAAUGAAAGAGAAUGCAUUGAUAUUGACGAAUGCUUAGAGGGCACGCACAGCUGUGAUCAAGUCUGCACCGAUACUGAAGGGUCCUACACCUGUUAUUGUCGCAGCGGAUUUGAGUUUGGAUCAGAUGGAGAAUCAUGCAUUGAUAUUAACGAAUGUCUUGUUGAUAAUGGAAGUUGCGAUCACGAGUGCUUGAAUCAAGUUGGUUCCUUUGAAUGUCGAUGCAGAAAUGGCUACCGACUUGCAAAUGGAGGAGAGUGUGUUGAUAUGAAUGAAUGUUCUGAGGGUACCCACAACUGUGAUGGUGACUGUACUAAUACUGAUGGUUCUUAUACAUGUUCAUGUAAUGACGGAUUAUUGCUGCAACCUGAUGGACACUCGUGUCGAUGUGGAGGUAUACUGACUGCAAGCUAGUGGCAGUUUCCACACUGAAGGAUGGCCCAGAGCCUACAGACCAGGGAACUUCCAAUGUGAAUGGAUCAUUCAACUACCAAACAAUGAUGCCACCAUCCAGUUCACCAUGAACCAGACUGCAUUUGGUAUCAAUGGAAAUCCUUCGGCAUCGUGCCCCACUGAUUACAUUCAGUUCUUUGAUGGGACUAGCAGUAACUCCAACUCCCUCGAGAAGAUAUGUGGUGUUCUCUCUCACUAUGGAGGAACCCUCCCUGUCAUUUCCACCACAUCUUCAUCAGCAAGAGUUGUGUUCACUGGAAGCAAUAUACGACGUCCGCUCAGUAGAGUUGGUGUUAAAGUGGACUAUGUCUCAAUUGUACCAAUAGUGUACAACUGCUCAGUAGAGAAUGGAGGAUGUCACCAUAUCUGUGUUAGUAGAUCUGAAGGAGUAGAAUGUCAAUGCCGAGAUGGCUAUGGUCUCAUUGGUAGAUCCACCUGUUCUGAUCAAAAUGAGUGUGAGAGUGGCUCUCACAGCUGUGAUCAGGUCUGCACCAAUACUGAAGGGUCUUACACCUGUUCUUGUCACAGAGGACUUGAGUUAGGUUCAGAUGGAGAAACAUGCAUUGAUAUCAACGAAUGCAGUGUGGAAAAUGGAGGAUGUGACCACGAGUGCAUAAAUCGAGAUGGCUCUUUUGAAUGUCGAUGCAGAAGUGGCUACCAACUCACAAAUGAAAGAGAAUGCAUUGAUAUUGACGAAUGCUUAGAGGACACGCACAGCUGUGAUCAAGUCUGCACCAAUACUGAAGGGUCCUACACCUGUUAUUGUCGCAGCGGAUUUGAGUUUGGAUCAGAUGGAGAAUCAUGCAUUGAUAUUAACGAAUGUCUUGUUGAUAAUGGAAGUUGCGAUCACGAGUGCUUGAAUCAAGUUGGUUCCUUUGAAUGUCGAUGCAGAAAUGGCUACCGACUUGCAAAUGGAGGAGAGUGUGUUGAUAUGAAUGAAUGUUCUGAGGGUACCCACAACUGUGAUGGUGACUGUACUAAUACUGAUGGUUCUUAUACAUGUUCAUGUAAUGACGGAUUAUUGCUGCAACCUGAUGGACACUCGUGUCGAUGUGGAGGUCUACUGACUGCUGCUAGUGGCAGUUUCCACACUGAAGGAUGGCCCAGAGCCUACAGACCAGGGAACUUCCAAUGUGAAUGGAUCAUUCAACUACCAAACAAUGAUGCCACCGUCCAGUUCACCAUGAACCAUACUGCAUUUGGUAUCAAUGGAAAUCCUUCGGCAUCGUGCCCCACUGAUUACAUUCAGUUCUUUGAUGGGACUAGCAGUAACUCCAACUCCCUCGAGAAGAUAUGUGGUGUUCACUCUCACUAUGGAGGAACCCUCCCUGUCAUUUCCACCACAUCUUCAUCAGCAAGAGUUGUGUUCACUGGAAGCAAUCUACGACGUCCGCUCAGUAGAGUUGGUGUUAAGGUGGACUAUGUCUCAAUUGUACCAAUAGUGUACAACUGCUCGGUAGAGAACGGAGGAUGUCACCAUAUCUGUGUUAGUAGAUCUGAAGGAGUAGAAUGUCAAUGCCGAGAUGGCUAUGGUCUCAUUGGUAGAUCCACCUGUUCUGAUCGAAAUGAGUGUGAGAGUGGCUCUCACGGCUGUGAUCAAGUCUGCACCAAUGCUGAAGGGUCCUACACCUGUUCUUGUCACAGCGGACUUGAGUUAGGUUCAGAUGGAGAAUCAUGCAUUGAUAUCAAUGAAUGCAGUGUGGAGAAUGGAGGAUGCAAUUAUGAGUGUGUAAAUCAAGAAGGCUCAUUUGAAUGUAGAUGUAGAGAUGGUUACCGAGUCUCAAAUGGAAGAGAAUGCAUUGAAAUUGACGAAUGCUCUGAGGGUACCCACAACUGUGAUAGUGACUGUACUAAUACUGAUGGUUCGUACACUUGUUCAUGUAAUAACGGAUUAUUGCUGCAACCUGAUGGACACUCGUGUCGAUGUGGAGGUAUACUGACUGCAGCUAGUGGCAGUUUUCAGACAGAUGGAUGGCCUACUUCCUACAGACAAGAGAACUUCCAGUGUGAAUGGAUCAUUCAACUACCAAACAGUGAUGCCACCAUCCAGUUCAAUAUUGACCAGUCUGCAUUUGGUACCCUUGGAAAACCACCAUGCAACAAGGAUUACAUCCAGUUCUUUGAUGGAACUGAUAGCGGUGCUGCAUCACUUAAGAAAAUCUGUGGACUUCUUAAAUUCUACGGGGGAGCCAUACCUUCUAUCAACACCACUUCUUCAACAACCAGGGUGGUUUUCACUGGGACUCGCUUCCAACAACGACCACUAUCGAGAGUUGGAGUUAAGGUUGAUUACGUCACUAUACCUCCACCAGAUGUUGAUGAGUGUGCACUUGGUACACACAAUUGUGAGCAACUCUGUGAAAAUACUCCUGGCUCAUUUAUCUGUUCCUGUCGCAAUGGCUACUCUCUGUCAAGUGACGACAGGACUUGCAAUGACAUUGAUGAGUGUCUGGGUAAUAGUCACGGAUGUGAUCAAGUUUGCACAAACACUAAUGGGUCCUAUGCCUGCUCAUGUGUCGAUCGGUUUACACUGCAAAGUGAUAUGCAGACAUGCAUAUCCGAUCCAACCCCACCACCUGAGCUUUCAACAACGCAUCCCAAAGUUGUCACUCCCUCGACAUCUGUGACGAAUAUAAGUCCAUCUGGCACCGAAACGAUAACUCCCACAACACAAUCAGUUUCCGAGAUAAAGUCAACUCUUACGGAACUUUUAGUGACCGAAACAACCGUGACGGCUACAUCGCCUUUACUUGCUGGUACGCCAACACCUUUACUUCCAAAAACUCCCACAAACAUUUCAUUAGCACCAACGGUGCUCUCGAAGCCUGCACCAACUUCAACAGAACUUUUAGUGACCAAGACAACUGUGACAGCUUCAUCGCCUUUACUUGCUGGUACGCCAACACCUUUACUUCCAAAAACUCCCACAAACAUUUCACUA